UUAUUAUUAGUUUCAACUAUGGCGAAAAUAGUAAAUUAGACUGGUUGCCAAAUAAUAAGAAGAGUUAGAAAGGGGCUGACAGAAACGAUCGAAUUCAGUUAAUACGGCCUUGAAGCUGCUUGGAAUUCAACGUUGCUAAAUUGGGCAAUGCCCAAUGCACAUCAUUUUAAUUUGAAAGCAGGUCAAGCCUUGAAAAACAAAUCUCACACAAAAUCGAAGACUGAAAGAUAGACUAAGCAACCUUCCUGAAAUUAUCACUGUGACAAGCAGACCACCACCGCUUCUAAAUAUUUGUUUUUCGUCACAUCAAAAUGAUCGUUCUACAGUCCGUUCCCGAUGGUUUUGGGGAAGCGGUGACCUACCUCAACUCCAUGCCUCAAGAUGUAGUAGCUGAAGUUUGCCAGGAGGUGCUUGCAUUCCUUACAUACAAAAAAGGAAGCUUAGAAGUUGCUCCAUUUGUACCUAAAUUAGAAGCUGCAGGUGUGGAGGCUAGUAUUGAGUCAGUGAGAGGUGCUGCUAAUGCAUUGUCAUAUUUGUUCAGGUCAGCAGCUAAGGCUAAAAUAUCAGCUGAUGAGCUAAGUAAAGAAUUGAGCAGUAGCCUUGCUUGGUCAGACUCAAACAUUGCAGCUAUAAAACACAUAUGGAGCCAGCAGGGAAGGACGUUAAUGACCCCGGAGUUGGCCGACUCUGUCCUGGGUGUCGGCAAGUUGGUGGAACUCAAAUGGAAGCUGGGCGUGGCCAUGAGCUCCAACAGUUGUAGAAACCUCAACUCGCCAUUCAUAACCGUCAGUCUAAAGGUCGCCGACCCCACAGGCCAGGUUCAAGAGAGGUCGUUUGAAAUGACAGUGCCACAGUUUAGGAAUUUCUCCAAGCAGCUAAAGGACAUGGCAGCCAUAUUAGAGACUGUAUGAGGACAUUUUAUAACCACAUGAUGCAACUCUAAUAUAGACAUUUAUUGAGAAAGAGAGAGAUAAGAGGGAGAGUGAGAAAGAGAGAGUGAGGGGGGAUAUGGGGUAUAAAAUUUAUAUUGUCACUGGGCUGUUAAACCUCAAAAAGAAAUUUUGAGGACAGCUUAGAAAAGCUUGAUAUUAGAUUUGACGUAAAUGGCAAUCUUCUUUUGCCUUGGAAGAGUCCUCUACAAGAAUAAGGAGACUACUUUCACACAAUUUGAGGUCACCCUACUAUUGCCAUAUCUAUAAAAUUCUACAGCUCUUUCUGAGCUGCCUCAAAAUGUUUAUAGUUUGAGAGGUAUGUUCAUAAGACAAUGUACUGUACAGUCUAGUACUGUACCCAUAAAGGUAAAUAGAUCCAACCUACCACCACAUAAAAAUCAAGUUAUUCAUAGCUAUUGUACCAAAAAGUACGAACUGGUAUGUAUUUGUUCCUAGCAAGACAUUAAUAUUAUCCAUGAAUACACGGUACAUGAGUACAUGUGCUCCUGAGAUAAUUUGGUGUCUGUUAGUAUAAGGAGUGAAGAUGAUGCACAAUGUGUAUGAAGGAAUCAUGGAAGCAUUUCACAAAUCAACUUGGCUGUACUUUUCACCGACAACUGUUUAUAAGUUUCUAAAAUCCUUGCUGUUGAUUGACCGAGAGCAAAAAAGUGAUGUUUCAUUAUAUGCUUACCAGGGUCCUGUAACACAAAGGUUAGUGAUUGAUCGUACGCUUGAUUUUCACGAUUGAUUGUACAUUGUAGCCAAUGGAAUCAAUCGUAGAAAAAUGUUCUACUAUCAUUGCUAAGCUUUGUGUUACGAGCCCCUGAUCACUGAAGAUAAAAUCUCUGUGUGAGGUGGGUGGUAAACAUUGUAUUUCAUAUUAACUAUUCAUACCAAUCCAAAUUAUUAUUAUUUUAGAACUGUCUUAUUAUUGUAGAAGUUAGAUCAUUCCUGCAAAGCAGUAUGCAUCUUGAGUUCAUGUAUUGUAAUACUUAUGGAAUCCUGCUAUAAUAAAAAAAAGUUUCAAACUUUGAAAAAAUAUACAAGAUCUGAAAUUUUAUCUUUGAAACAUGUAUAGGUGCAAUGUCGGCACUUCAAAGGUGCUUAAAACUAAGUGUAAACAUGUAACACGAUUUUGAUAUCCAAACAGAGUAAAAGGUGACCCUUACUCCCUUUACUUUAUAACUAACGACUUGGGUGCUUUCAUGAAAUAAUCAACCUUGUGUUGUAGAUCUCCAUUUUUCCUGUCCUAACUUUACAUAAAUAUUUGUUUUACUGCCACCAGUGAAUAUAGAGCUUUAAAAUAUGUAAUGAGGUACAUACAGGUGCAUAUUGUAAAUUCAGAUUCCACAGACUUCUGGCUAUGCAAUAAUUGUAGAAUUAUUAAGAAUCAUGAUUAUUGGAUAAUAUGUCAUCUUGCAUGUCAAAAACAAACUAUCAUGGCUUUAUCUGAAUGUGAGCUAAAAGACGUUUCUUCUAUAUGUUCAUGCAAAGUAAGUUAUAUACUUGUGAUAUUUGAUUUAAAAAAAUGUUUAUAUUUUAGUUAAUUUGACCUCUCCCCAAAUCAAGACAAAAAUGGUUUUCCUGCGUUGAAUUGGCUAGAAUUGAUUUGAACUGUGUCAUUCAUUCAUCGUAAACAAAUUAUGACAUAGCAUACAAAGAGAAUACCUUCAAAGUCAACACACAUUACAAGGAAAAUUAUGAAAUUCAAUAUUAAUCACAAUCAGGAUAUAACUAUAUUGGAAAGAGGACAUUUAUGAUGAAUGAAGAGAGGCUAGAAAAGACAAUGCUGGAUAGAGUUUGAUGUGAAUAUUAAUAGAUUUUUUUUUAAAUUAUGGAAAGAUAAAUAGGCUUUGCAAUGAUAAACAAAUGUAUAUAUAAAGAAGUUCAACAUGGGAGAGAAGUAGACUCAGUUUAGAUAAAAUUUGUAAUUUAUAUGAAUUCUUUGCAACUUUGACAUUGAUCACAAAUCCGAGUCUAAAUCAGUCUUAACAUUGCAAAUGGUAUGAGACAACCGAUAGGCAUAAGGCUCCAUAUGAUGGGCUAUAGAUGAUACACAUAUUUCUGCCCUUUCAUUAUGUCUAUAUAAUUAUUGUAAUCUUUAUAGAUUCAAGAAAAUCUUCAUUAUAUUAUAUUUUUUCACUAGACACUUUCAUCUUAACCACUUCCAUUACAUUUCAUGUAUUCACUCUUCUGCAACUGAAAUUUAUUAAUUGUCCAAAUUUUCUAGCAAGCUGGAGACUACUUGCACCUGCACAAAAGUAUACAUACAUUGACCUUUCAAAUCAUUUCCAAAAUGAACCUUUUUGAUAGUAUAAAGUUUUAUAUAUGUAUACAUUAUUCAUGUAAAUAAAUUGUAUAACAUCCUGAAA